AACAAUGUAGUGUUUUUGAAGUUAUAUCCUUUUUUCUUAACCUUUAUCAUUUUGCUCAUUAGAACAGUGAAGUGAGCGGUGUCUGCAUGUGAACUGAACUGAACUGAGUCAUUUGAUUUAUUUGUAACCCCGCCCAGAUUCACAGAGCCGGCACAACAGGUCCCUCUGUUGACACUUUGACAGGCACGCACAGCGCAGUUAAAGAUUAAAAUGCGAAAAGUUUGAGGACCAAAUUACAUUUUUUGGGUCGAUAUGAAACCCCUUAUAUCUUUUAAAAAGUAACUGAGAAGAACGAAGAGUGACUUUGAUCCGGUUCCGCACAGCUCGUUUUUUGACACUGAUCCAGAGUUUCGCCAUGUCAAGUGGAGUAUUGGCUCGUCUGAGUACGUUGACUUUGAGUAUGCAGCAGCUGGGUCAGUUACCACACUUCUCGAACUGGUUGCCCCGUCUACCUUUACCUCAAGCCACCGUACACGCCUCUGAUGUGCCGAGCCUGUUUCGUGAGCCCUACAUCUUGUCGGGCUAUCGUCCGAUGCAUCAGGAAUGGCGGAGCUACUUUUGUAGCCUCUUUCAAUGCCACAAUGAGUCGCUCAAUGUAUGGACACACCUGAUGGUAAUCCCUGCCAUUCUACUCCAGUUUUCUUUACUUGCAGGGACAUGGGGGCUGACGCUCAACAUGGCGUCUUUGCCUCUGUUUUUGUACGUGUUGUCGUCACUUACCUACCUCAGUUUCAGCGUGGCCGCCCAUCUGCUGCAGUCACACUCUGAACUAGCCCAUUACUCCCUUUUCUUCGUAGACUACGUUGGUGUAGCUAUUUACCAGUAUGGCUGCUCACUAGGCCACUAUUUUUACUGUUCAGAUCCAGUAUGGAGGCACAGUCUAGUGGGUGUUGUUUUUCUGCCUGGUGCCGCGGUCCUGGCCUGGGUGUCCUGCACCAGCAGCUGCUACGCCAAAUUCCGUUACCGCCGCCCGUACCCGCUCCGCCGGAAGAUCUACCAGAUCAUUCCCACCAGCCUGGCGUACAUGCUCGACAUUAGCCCCGUUGCACACCGCCUGGUCACCAGAUCUUGGGACGAGCCAGUGUUGGUGUUUCAUGCCCUGCAAGUGGUGUUUUUCAUGUUAGCGGCUCUGUUUUUCUCUUGUCCUUUUCCUGAGCGCUUCUUUCCAGGGAGGUGUGACAUUGUGGGCCACGGACAUCAGAUCUUCCACAUCUUCCUGGCUAUGUGUACUAUGUGCCAGCUGGAAGCAAUGUUUAGAGACUUUCUGGUGCAUCGGCAGUCUGUUGUAGAUGUGCAUGGAGAACAUGUCAUUAUGCUGGCAGGAGGAUUGUUCUUCUUGUUGUUGCUGUGCAGUGUUCUGACUGCAGUUCUUAUGAGAGAAGCUGUGCAAAGGCAACUGAAGAAAAAAGACUGAAAACUAUUUUGAAAAGAUUUUACUAAGCAUAUUUGCUUAGCUGUAUACUGUAGUACCAAGAGGUAUUUAUUAAUAUAAGUUGAAAAAUUAAAAUUAUUUUAUUUUAGUGCAUUUAUUAUGAGAAUUGCGAUGGGAAGUCAUUUUCUUUCUUUCUUUCAUUUUUUUAUUUUUUAUUUUAAAAGUCCCACAAUCAUAUUUUUAAAUCCCAGAUAUCAUUAUAUUUGAACUAAGACAUUCUUUUACAAAUCAAAUCAAACACAUACUAAAUGGGGUUUUCCCACAAAUGAAUUCACUGCUGAGGAUAAUCUACCACUUAGCCGUCAUUCCUCUGAGAUCCAGUACUGUGUGGCUUUGCAUAACUGGCCUGUUUACGUGAAACUGUUUGGAGUCUGGGAAUGAGUUUUCCGAAGGCAAAACCAUUCAAAUUAAGGAGUAAAGCUGGAAAUGGCCCAAAUUAGAAUGAGGGGAGUUGGAAGGGUGAGGGAUAAGGGAAACAAAGAGGCUACUUUUAUUUUGCACCCAGCGUUGUCAGGCAACGGUGUUGUGGUGGAGGAACAGAUCAACUCUUGUUUGCGUCUUAUUUAUCUUAAAGAACAUUCAUACAGAAUAUACAUACUCUGUUUAUAAAAUUGAAAUACCAUCUGCAGGCCUGAACAAAAUUUUCCUGCUUAAAUAUUUUGUUGUCAGGGUGUGCUGUUCUAUAUACUGUGGGGUCCGACAGUCUAGAACCACACUGAAAAUCUGGUAUAGUCCAAAUCUGAUUUAAACCUAGAGAAAAACAAAGUUUUAGAAUUGUAAAAAUGUAAAGCAACAAAACACUGUGAUGUACAAUGAUACACUGAUAAAAUAAUUAGUAUUUCUUUAAAAAAAAAAAAUUAAAUAAGAACACUGCUAAAAUAGAAUCACUUUA